AAGUGGUUGUUGUCGCUUUAAUCGCGUCGUGGUAACCUCAUGUCUUGUCAAAUUUGAUAUAUAUAAAAAAUUUAGUCAAAAAGUUUGUCAGUCAUUGUAAUCUUCAAUUGCGAUUAAAUAGUUUCCGUUUCUUCUGUUAAGUUCGUAAUACCUUUGUGUCGAAGGCGGGACGUCACAAGCUAUAUAAUUCAACAGAGUUCAUUCAAGAAAAUUGCAAACUGACCAAUCUGGUUAUAAGCGGUUUUAUAUUUGACGUUGCAUUAAUUCAAGAUGGCGCUCCAGUCGAAAUUAUAUCACGUAACUUCAUUUGACGCUUCAAGCCAGCGUCGAGCAUCAAUAUGAAAUUACACCUUUAGAACGAAAUUAUGUCAUUCGUCGAAUUCAGUGAUCGUAGCGCUACUGUUAACCUAUAGGGAACAUGUUGAGCGCUCGCUGUCAAGUGGUAAAUGAGGAGGUUAUUUUUUCUAGUUCCUUUUCAAACAAUUACGAGGUGUAUUCAUCACUCAAACACUUUUUAUGUAUGUAAAAAUUGUCAUUAUAAUUAAUGCUGUUCCAAUUAAUUUUUCUCAUCUUAAACGAAUUUUAUUUUUCUUCUAAGAAAGGUUAUAAUUUGACGUUUGAUCACAGAACACAGUCGAUUUAACAAAUUUCACUUCCGCUAAGGAAGUGGAUGAAUUAUGCUUCCGCUACCUUGCAUAAAUUAAAAGCACUCCGAUACAUAGCAUCCCCUCUAGAAGGUGUUGAGUUUGUAGCGUACGAAUGAUUCCACUAGGGUUGUAUAACAGUGGCACAACGGUUUCGUCCGCUGAAUGUGAUCAUUCUUAUCAUAUUUUGGUUUUGUUUAAAGGCAGUAAAAUACGGUAUUUUUCAUUACUGAUUAGGAUCUGCAAUCACCUGAAAGGUGAUCAUAGUUUCCUGAAAGCUCUCAUAUGUCAUUAUUCUGACUUUUCAAAAGAAUUAGGUUAAGUUUUGUCGAUAUCACUCGUAAAUAAAAGGUUAUAUUUAAUUUAAAAGGAUUUACAUUGUUUUAUUAAUAAUUGGGCAAGUAAUAUUAUCGAUCAUAUUAAAAAAAAAGUUGUGCGAAAAGCACUGGACAACAUUUAUGAAAUGGUAUAUUAUAUUUAUGUUGAUAGGCUUUAAAGAAUCCAUGUUAUUAAAAAGAAUGGUACAUACAAAGUGUAGAGGUGUUUUAUACCCCUUUAGUGAUGUAAAAAGGUUACAAAUAAAAGAUGAACAAGUGCAUUGGUCCGUUUGUGUAGGUGAUUAUGAUCCUCCAGAGUACAAUUCAAAAGCUCUUGUGAACAAACCAUGGGCGGAUCCUCCUAUUGAAGACAAAAGUUUUAAACCUAAAUGGAACGAACUUGAUGGUGAUAUAAAUAGAAAAAGUCACACAGGUACUUACAGAAUUGUUAAUGGUAGACCGCUGAAUCCUGAAGGAAGAACGGGUAUUAAAGGGAGAGGAAUCUUAGGAAAAUGGGGACCUAAUCAUGCAGCAGAUCCUGUUGUAACUAGAUGGAAGAUGGAGGGUAAUAAAAAAGUUAUUAGUAAUACCACAAAUUUACCAAUUUUACAGUUCUGUGCUAUACAAAGACAUGAUUGUAAACAAUGGGCUAUACCUGGUGGUAUGGUAGACGCUGGGGAAAAGGUGAGUGAAACUGUACAACGAGAAUUUCGGGAAGAAGCUUUAAAUAGUUUACAAGUAUCCAAAGAACAAGCUGAGGCGGAUGAAAAGAUGAUAAGAAAUUUUUUCAAAAAUGGAGUUGUAAUUUAUGAGGGUUAUGUAGAUGAUCCAAGGAAUACUGAUAAUGCUUGGAUGGAAACAGUAGCUUAUAAUUUCCACGAUGAAGAUGGUUCUCAUGUUGGGAAAUUAAAUCUAACAGCAGGGGAUGAUGCACAAAACAUACAAUGGAUGGAUAUUGACCAAAACAUUGAUUUAUAUGCUAGUCAUUCAAAUUUCAUUAAAGCUGUUGUUGAAAGAUUGAAAAGUCAUUGGUGAAUUUUUCCUACCUAACUACAAAAAAUUUUUAAUAAACGUUUUAUACAAAAUAUAUUUUAUGUUUAAAUAAUUAUAUCUCAUUUAUUUUACUUAUUUGUUUUAUAAACUUAAUUUCAUGCUAGUGCAAUAUUCCCUACAAAAGUAUAGUGUGCAACACAUGUGGAAACUUUAAUAAUAUGAAAUGAUUUUUGCACUUGUAUCACAAUAUGUAUCAUUUAUGCUCCAGAAAUUGCAGGUGAGGUUUAUAUUUUUACUUAAUCCUUAACCACUAAGAACGGAGUUUUUUUGUUUUUAAAUAAUGAAUAAUCUUUGAUAGUUUUGAACUUUAUGAAUAUUUUAUGUUAUAAGAAAUACUAUGAUAAUGUUAAUACUAUGAUCACUAUUGAUUUGGAAAAUUGGUCUUCUUACAAUUUACACCAAAAUAAAAACAUUAAAUAAUUUAAUCAUAAUUUAUUACAAAUAUUUUAAUUCACAAAAUAUUAUUUAAAAUUAAUUUGAAUAAAAUUUAGGAUCCUCGGUAAGUGGUGUAUCCAUGGGGACUAAGUAGCAGUGGAAUAUGAUAACAAUCACGAAAUAAGUUUGCAUCAAAUAUAAUCUGUGAACAAAUAUGUCAUUUUGUUAACUUUGAAGAAAGUUUAUCAUAAUUAAUUUUUAUAACAAAUAUACUCAAUUCAUACUGUUGUAGAAACACACCUCUAAAAUAAAAUAUUUUUUAUCUUCUCAAACUGAACCUUGAAACUUAAGAGAAUUUCUCUCCAUUUAAAAAAAGUUUUUAAAAAAUCUUAUACAGUUUAAUAUUUUCUAAAUAAAAAAUAAAAGUAACAGAAUAACUAAUAUUUCUCAGGUAAUGAUCCUUUAUGUCAGCAAUUUGAAACCCAAAAGAAAUUUCAGGAAAUUUUAGAGUUUGUUCCAACCUGAUAAUCAAACAGUUCUUGGGAGCGUUUAUAGAUAUUUUCUGCACGAUCAACAAAGUAUUGAAAAGACUGCCCAGGAAACGAUCUUCGGCUACACAUGGUUCUGGUAAUGGUACUUGCUAUCAACCGAGUAUUGAAAAAGACCGUCCUGGAAACAGUUUACAAACGAUAUCUAAGUUAGUUGAAACAUGUAAUCUAUAUUAAGAAUCAUCACUGUACCUAGAACGGAUUUUGCUUACAAGCAAUAAUUAAUAUUGGUAGAGAAUCAAAUUUUAUCAUUCAUUCCUGUUUAGAACUUGAGAGAUAACAUGAUUCAUGACCACAAAAGUUAUUUUUCUAGCAUGUAAACGAGGUUUUACAUCUAAUACAUUUUGUUGUUACACUAUAGUGUCUCAAUUAUUGAUAUAUCCCACUCCUAUUUCAAUAGUGCCACAUCUCAAAAAAAAAAAAUUAAAAUUGACAUUAAGAUAUAUUU